GGAAAACGCCAUCUUUAAACCCCAGACGAAAUCACAAUUGAGCGCCGGGGAUCAACGACACACUGUGACUGCGUUGGGUUACAAUUUUGCGGGCAUUAUCAUGGUCAGUUUGUUGACCGGCGAAACAAAUACCCAACUAAUUGAAAGAACUGUGAAAACUCAACCAAGUCACAUUGUAUGGUCUUGAAAUUGUACUAUCAGAAGGCUAACAUCAACAACAAUACUAGCUAAACGGAAAGACAACGGACGAGUAAUCACGGCGUUGUUAUUGAGCUAGCGAACCUGUGUUGAAGGCGCUUUGACAUUACGUUGUUUUAAAAGGCUUGAUUUGGGACUCGACUGUGUGGCAGCAGCUUUAGUCCCGACUUCACUCCUCCCCAGCAGCCCAGCCGGAGAUGCGUGGAAGAUGUCGGUUUCGGGGCUGAAGGCCGAACUGAAGUUUCUGGAGUCCAUUUUUGAUCCAAACCACGAACGAUUCAGAAUUAUUGACUGGAAACCGGAUGAGCUAAACUGUCAGUUUAAUGUGACUGGAGAAAAACUGUUGAUUAUACAUUGCAACAUUACGGAGUCGUACCCCUCCACACCUCCAAUCUGGUUUGUGGACUCUGAUGACCCGAGCCUGACACAAGUGUUGGAACGCCUGGAGGAUGUCAGAAAGGGCAGCACCCUGCUCCUGCAGCAGCUAAAGCGGCUCAUCUGUGACCUCUGUCGGCUGUACAACCUGCCCCAGCACCCAGAUGUAGAGAUGCUGGACCAGCCCCUCCCUGCUGGCCCUGUAGGACAAGACCGAAAGCAUGGGGUCACAGACGAGGUCACGUCCGAAGAGGAGGAAGAAGAGGAAAUGGGAGAGGACAUUGAAGACCUGGACCACUAUGAGAUGAAAGAGGAGGAGCCAGUGGAUGGGAAGAAGUCUGAGGAUGACGGCAUCGAGAAGGAGAACCUGGCCAUCCUGGAGAAGAUCCGCAAGAACCAGAGGCAGGACCACUUGAACGUAAGUGCUCAUUCGGGUGCAGUGUCUGGUUCAGUGCAGGCCUCAGACCGCCUCAUGAAGGAGCUCCGGGAGAUAUACCGGUCCCAGAGUUACAAGAUGGGUAUCUAUUCAGUGGAGCUGUUCAAUGACAGCUUGUAUGAAUGGCACGUCAAGCUGAGGACCGUAGAUCCAGACAGUCCCCUACACAGUGACUUGCAGGUUUUAAAGGAAAAGGAGGGAAUGGAUUACAUUCUGCUCAACUUCUCAUAUAAAGAUAAUUUCCCCUUUGAUCCACCAUUUGUACGGGUGGCUUCUCCUGUGCUGUCUGGAGGUUAUGUUCUUGGAGGGGGUGCCCUGUGCAUGGAGCUUCUCACAAAACAGGGCUGGAGCAGUGCCUAUUCCAUAGAGUCUGUAAUCAUGCAGAUCAACGCCACUUUAGUCAAGGGAAAAGCCAGAGUGCAGUUUGGAGCCAAUAAGAACCAAUACAAUCUUGCCAGAGCACAGCAGUCAUACAAAUCCCUGGUCCAGAUCCAUGAAAAGAAUGGCUGGUACACUCCCCCUAAGGAGGAUGGGUAAGAGGACUGUUGCCAUGCCGCCACUGGGACCACAUGUCUUAGUCAACACCUUUCCCUCCCCAUACUUUUCUUUUCCCUCUAACUGGAGUUGUUUUCAUUGGGAGUUUGUUCCCCAGCCAGUUCCACCCAUUCUGUUAAACCCCCCCUCCACUGACCAACCACCUCACUGACCAUAUCCACUUCUCAAUAGUGGAUUCACCCUCUAGCUAUUUAUCUUUCUCGCACUUGUGCAAUCGCUUCCUUUGUUACAAUCUCACCCCUAAUCCCUUGAGCAUUGAAUGAACUCCAUAUCUUGUGCAACUCCCUUAAAUCCUACUCUGGGCAAGCAAAGAAGAGCUUACUUACUGCCUGUGAUUUCUGGUCAAGGUUGAGGCAUGGCUUUUGCUAGUGACUGAAGCUGUCUGUUACGUGACUGGGGUUGAGAUUCUCCGGCCACAGACUGGAACAGAGAAUGACGGUUGACAUUCCCCUUGUGACAUUGGAGGCUGGGAUAGACAAUGAAACACUGGUAGUGGGAAUGAGCACCACCUCACUCGCCAUUGAUGGCCUCUUAUGUCUGUGCUUGUGUAUCUGUAUAUUGCCAAGAUUCCUCCUUCUGGAAUAACAUGUCCUCCUGAGGCUUAUUUCCUUAAAAAUGCCUGGUCUACAAAAGCCAAAGGCCCUGAAUAGAGAGGACAGCUAUAGACUCUUUACCAAAAGUGGGACUGAGACAGCUUAAUGGAGGCUAUCCUGUUGAGCACAAGAGGUGUUGGCCGCCUCCACCACCACCCAGCCCAAUCUCCUCUCAGGCUGCUUUCGGAAAUAUGACCAGGCUUAGCAAAGGCAGGUUGGAUUUAAUCACUGUAAUGUAGUUGAAUUUAACUCCAUGUAAAACUUGUAAAGUUGUAUUUCUGAGAAUUGAUUUAAUUGUUUUUAAUGUAACCUUGUGUGGGUCUUGGGGUUCGAGCGGGCCGAGACUGCGUUAGUAUACCCUUGGCUAUAGCAGGGGCAUCAAUCAAGGUGCAUUUUCAGACGUAGGAUAACAAAGCAUUUGCUUCAUGGACACUCUUGCAGAAUUUAAAAGGAACACCUUUAAACCAUGUUUUUAUGUAAGCAUAAUGACUACUAUUGUUUUCCUGUAUAAAUUGAAAUACUUGUAUUUUUUUGUUAGUGGUUUGAUAUGUUCAAAAGUGACACCAUUCCUUUUACGCAAUGCGACAGUGGUGCUUUUUGGGCAUUCCAGAUAUGCUGGCUAAUUUCCCCGGUGACACACCCUUGAUGACCCUUUCAGUAAGGCUAUGCACACAAUCGUUAGGAAGUUACCUGUACACGCAAUCAUUUGAAAACGGCUCAGUGCAGUCCCCUGCUUCAUUUGAAUCCAUGGUCUAACCAGCUUGUUCACACACUCGGAUCGCCCAUCCAUGGUCUAACUAGCUUGUUCACACACUCAGAUCGCCCAUCCAUGGUCUAACUAGCUGGUUCACACACUCAGAUCGCCCAUCCAUGGUCUAACUAGCUUGUUCACACACUCAGAUCGCCCAUCCAUGGUCUAACUAGCUUGUUCACACACUCAGAUCGCCCAUCCAUGGUCUAACUAGCUUGUUCACACACUCAGAUCGCCCAUCCAUGGUCUAACUAGCUUGUUCACACACUCAGAUCGCCCAUCCAUGGUCUAACUAGCUUGUUCACACACUCAGAUCGCCCAUCCAUGCCCCUCAUUGCUACAGUGGACUUCACUUCAUACCACAUGCUCAAUAAUAAAAUAUUUGUUGAUUUUAAAGAGAUAUUUUCAGGUCUGACUAUAAGGUGUGUGUGUGUAGUAAUGCCUUCAACAAAAGACUGAGCACCAGUGAUUUCCAUCCUUUGCCUCCCCUCUCUAGUACCUUAUUUUGUAUCUGAUUAUUCACUUAUGACCUGACCACCUCAUGAUCUUUGUUGUCAGUGAUGGAAGGAACCUUUUCAGUGGGGUCAUGAACCCCUAACUCAUGACCAUCCUCAGCACUGUCAAACCUGGAGCAUGCCAAGUCUUAGCUAUAUGAAUAAUAUGCAGAAUAUUGUGUGACGCAUUUGAUUUAAUGUUAUUACACACAUUAAAAGGUGUUUUUUUGUGUGGGUGUUAUCCACUUUGUUAGACAUCUGUCUCAAAAACCAGCAUAGGAACCAACUUGUUCCUAGUAAAUAUUCCUAUUUGUUUGUUCAACGCUGUUGGUCAGCCCAGCACACUAACCUCAUCCAGAACUAUGUCGCCCUUGUAAAAAAUACUAAUAAUGGGCAUCUAAUGUAUAAUUAAGCUCCAUCUACCUUGUAUUUGUUGUAAUGUCAGCCACCCCACCUGUAUAACACAAUGCAUGACGUUCUGUCAAAAUAGUGGCACUGAAGACUCAUUUAGAGGUUUAUUACUAUUCAACCCAAUAUGGUGAUUGACUUCAUUACCAAAUAUGUCUACUACACAUGGAUAACCGAUAAUCAUUGUCAUAGACUUUACGUAUUGGUACCAAGUGUGCCACUGCUUUCUCACAUGGCUGACCUCAUCGUGAACAUGCCCUGGCUAGAAACUCCCUCCGUGUUCUCUGGAGAAGCAAACUCAGGGAUACAUGGCUACUGCACACUUGACUUCGUAAGGGAUUGCUUCACAAAUGUCACGAUGCAAUUAUUAUUUUUUUCUUCCAAAUUGUUUUCCCCUCCUAUAAUUACAGUAACCGUUGCAGUAACCAUUGGCCUGCUCACUCUCCAUUUGGCUUGUCUGAAUAUCUUUAAAGUAGUGACUGGUAAGACUGUAGUGGUAAGCAGGGUGUGGUGGAGUGAUGAGGGAGGGGCAUGUUUGCGCUAUCUCUCAUUCAAUCCCUCCAGAUCAAUUUUGUGACACUGAAAGGUGAACCAAUGCUUUACCUCACCCAUUUAACCUCAUUGUCUUGGGUCUUUGUUUUUCUAGUCUAGGACCUCUUCAUCGUGAUCCUGUACCUCCUGGUUUUGUAGUCUCUUGCAUGUAGAUUUCUCAUCAAGUACUUUCCCUCUAGGGACUAAGGUGUGUGUGUACUGGACAGUUUUGGUUUAUCAGGUUGGAUCAUCUAUAUUAGUUUUCACAGGUCGGUAGAUGCGGUCUCUGUAAACCCCACAUCUCUGGGAACGGAUUCCUUUUUUUUAUCGAUUCGUGUAGGUCUGACACCAGAUCAGGUUAGUUCUAAAGGAUGAAAAUGGCAAAACGGCUGUCUCCAACACUUAUGAGCGUCCCACCCAUGUCUUAAAGUAUGAGAUUGGAAACGAAUGACCUACUAUACUAUUCUGUCCAGAGCGGGACUCCACCUCUUACUAUUUUAAAGCCCUGUGUCAUCAGAGCAGACGUCAAAUGGGCAUUUAACGCCGUGGAAGGCCCCAUGUCUGUUCUAAUGUCAGUUGUGCAGUGAAUUACAGCUCUUAUACAGAUCCAGACCAGUUGUCUAACAACCCAGUGCUUUGGGAGAUUUUGGUUUGAGACCUGAAACUAAUUAUUGGUUCCUUUUCUGGCUUAAUUUUGUGAUUGGCGACUGAGCGGGCUAUAAAGUUAUGCACUGUUCGCAUGCUUUGCUUUUAUUGUUUUUUUUUUUUCAUUGCAAGGGUUAUUUUGACCAUGUACAGUAAUUUGUAAACUUGCAUCAAGUUUAUGAAGAAUAAAGAAUUUUCUUAAAUA